AUGGUUCUUGCAAGAGAUACCUGCCGUGACUUCCUUCAGCGAAAUGUCGAAGAGCAUAGCCUCGAGAGAUUCUUCUCGAGCGAACAGCUCGACGAGAUUGCAGAGACCGCUGAAUUAAAGCUAGACGAAUUGAAAGUACUAGCCGAAGGUCACUUUUCGGAAGAAGAACUUGAGAAAUAUGCCUUCGCUAUGCUUUUGCUUUCUUUGUAUCAAGUUCAUGUUCUACUAGAUGAUACCGGCUCAAUGCAUGAGGGAACACGGAUUGCUACGAUACAUGCAACGAUUCGUGGAAUUAUAACAAUUGAUAGCAGAAUCAUUGAAAAAGGAAUCCGAGUACAUUAUAUCAACGAGAAUGACCCACCUGAGCCCGUAAGCUCAGCUGCAGAUUUCGAGUCACUAUGGACCAGUAUUCAGUUCAAAGGGCCAACUAAGCUGGGGACAGUACUUAAAGAGAAAGUCUGGUUGCCAAUAAUCGAGGAUGAAUCGCAAUUCACGCGGCCUUGUCUGAUUUACACAAUCACUGAUGGCGAACCUACUCAUGAGCCAAGAGAAGCUUUACAAGAGUCGAUUCUUGAAUGCAGACAGCGACUUGAAGACAUGGGGUUUAGCCCGGCAUCCAUUGCAUUUGGCUUGGUUCAAGUCGGAGAAGACUUAGAGGCUCGAGCUUUUCUUGAAGAACUUAUGAAUAUCCCCGAAUUGGAAGAUCACAUUGAUGUGGUUAAUGAAAAUGACAUUCUCGAAAAUAAAUUCCGCGCCUCGCAAGGCAUACCUGAAGAGCUUGCGGGCGCACUGUAUUUGGAGCUUCUCGUGGGUGCCAUCGAGCGUGAUGGAUCUAGAGCCAAGAUGUGCCCUCAAGGGCAUCCCAACUGGCUGGUUGCCGUAUUUAUUUCCAUUGGCGAAAUCAAGUCUGUUAAUGUCCCUUCCUCCAUCAACGCUCGGUAG